CUCCCAACGGUCGAAGCCUACGUGAAACACCAAGAUUUGAAGGGGAGCACGGAGCUGACAGACAGAGACAAGAAGAAGGAGGGAGAGAUAGCAGGGGAAGCAUGGAGCAGAGCAGACAGAUGUAAUAGAUCUUUGGCCCGGGCAAAAAGAGAACUAUAACUGGGAUACAGGGCUUGGUGACUUCCUGGCUGACUUUGGGUUACUUAAGGUGAAGAUGGUGAUGCAGAAGAACAUCCACAGAGCUUGAUGGCUGUAACACAGGCUGUGCUUCCUUCUUUCAACUCCUUUUCUGAUCUCAUCCACCUCAGUGACAGUAUGAAGUGCGAUGGCUCUCUCUGCGUGGACUCUCACAGUCAUAGACGGUCACCCGGCUCUUCUGACCAGCACCAGGAGCCUCAGCAAACAACAAAGGAGCAUCUGGAGGAUGACAGAGGGGUAUCAUGGGACAUUGAGUUUCUCCUGGCUGACUGGAACAGCCCAUUAUCUGACUUCGACCCACCUCUGGACUACAAUGCUCAACAGUUGCCACAACUUGACCAGAUGGAGCUAUAUCAAGAGGGCACCACGUCCAAGGACCAAAUGGGACAACACUGUCUUCAGAUGAGCAGCAGUGGCCUGGCCAUGGAGCUCCAACCCCCGGCUGAAAGCUCCAGUAUGCCCGGCCUCCCUGAGGUCUAUAAUAGGGCCUACAGCCAUGAUCAGCCACCAGAAUGUCUGCUGUUUCCUGUUCAGCCAAACGCAGAUCAGUUUGGCCUUCCCCAAGGAAGCCAUUUGGAGAGAAACAGCAAUGACCGGGGAAACGUCAGUAAGAUCACGUAUUGGAACUUGGGCAACUACUAUCCUCAGCAACAAACCUCCAUUGCAACCUACCCUGAAAAUAGGUUCAUUCAGCCCCAAAUCCUGACCCCCGAUCCUCGACACUACAGUUUCAUCCCAAAUUUCCCACACCACACAAACAUCUACCGCGACUAUGCACACAGCCAGGCCGGCGGUCACUUCCCCGUGUCUCCACCCCUCCUGGCUGGACCAACGUUACCUCCAAGUGCUAUUGAAGUGAAGCGUGGCCGGAAGUCCACAGGCAAAAAAAGGCCGGCCAUCCAUAAUUGUGAAUACCCUGGCUGUUGCAAGACCUACACCAAGAGCUCCCACCUCAAGGCCCAUCUCCGCACCCACACAGGGGAGAAGCCUUACCACUGCUCAUGGGAGGGCUGCGGCUGGAAGUUUGCCCGUUCAGACGAGCUGACACGCCACUACCGCAAACACACGGGCCAAAAACCCUACCAGUGUCUGCUGUGUCAAAGGGCCUUCUCCCGCUCUGACCACCUGGCCCUGCACAUGAAGAGACACACCUGA